ACAGCUAAAAGCAAAACAGGAUAUAUAGGAAUCACAGGAUAUUGGUUAGAUGAAAAUUUUAAAUCUUAUGAUAUUUUAAUUGGUUUUGAAAAAAUUUUAUAUCCACAUACAGCUGAUUCUAUUGCCACUUAUUUAGAAAAAUAUAUUGAAGAUUAUAAUAUUGAAAAAAAAGUAAUUUGUAUAAUUACUGAUAAUGGAGGAAAUAUAAAAGCAGCUGUUAAUAUUUUAAAUGAAAAUAAUCACAAUAUUCAAAGAUUACUAUGUGUUACACAUACAUUAUAA